AAAAGAGACCAUAAAAGUUUUAAAAUGAAAUGUAAAGGCUCAAUCCAUAUACAUGUUGAUAUAGGGGACCAAAAUUUAAAUUCGGACAAAUGUAAGAGACUAUUUAUACAGUUUAGUCUUUUAAGAUUACUCAGUUGCAGACAGUUAUCCUUUUUUCUGCAAUGUCAUCUCUCACCCUCAAUAGAAUAUUUGCCUUUCAGGCUGGAAGGGCUACAGAACACAUAAUCCCCUCUCAUUUGCUUGGGACUAAGCUAAAACUAAGUCAUGACUCAUGAGGGAAAAUGCUAAUUCCUCAGUUUCCCCUAAUCUAUGGUAACAAAUCUAUGAAUAAAUGGGAAAAUCUCUCUGAAGUUAACAGAACAGUUAAUGUUGCGAAAGGUAGCUGACUAUAAUUGCCACAACCCAACUUCCACCAACCUCAGUUAAGAAUUGGGUUGAUGUUUAUAUAUGCAUUUCAGGGAGUGAUAAGCAAGCUAGAAGUUCCAAAUCUCAGAACUUAUUAAUCAAAGACAGCUGUGGCCGCAACCUUAUUUUGACUCAUCUGUGAUCUGUCAAAGAUAGAACACUAUACAGCAGCACCACAAGGAGGAAACAGAAAACAAUAGAAUAAACCAAUUGAACAAAAAACAGAAACACACAUUCUCAAUUGGCUAAAAGAUAAUACAAGUCACUGUUGCAUCUAAAGAUUCUGAAUAAUAAACAAUUUAACAAUCACAUCUAAAAUCCCACUUACAAGAAGUCUAAGUAUAACAGAAGAAGUGGGAAGAAAAAAAGAUAAUCCUACCAUUAUCAACUAAACAAACCAUUAAAAAUUGGAAAAUGGACAAGAAUCAUGAUUAAUUAAUAUACACUACAACAACAACAUUUGGCCACCCCACUUUAGCUUUCAUCAGGAGAGACAAAACUUUCCCCUCCUACACUCAAUGUACCAUCAUCACAACAUUCUAGAACUCUAAAACAGUGCUGGUUCCGAUUUCCAGCCAAGUUUUUGCUAGUUAAGUGGGAAGAGGAGUGAUUGUAAUCAAAUUUUUUCUUACUCUACUCAUGAGUUAUGAGUAAAUUAUCCAGCAAAAAGGGACAAAGUGUGCCAUCAACUAGCAAAAACUUAGCUGGAUGCCUGGAUAGAUAAAUAGCUGUCCCCCAAAAUAAUUAUAAACAAUUAAUGACUAGAACAGAUAUUCUUUCCCCAUUUUGACACUCCCAAUACUAUCAAACUAUUUUACUACUAUCAAAACCCUAAGAAAAAUAUAAAUAAUAAUUUGUUGCCUGAAGAGUAGUGACUUGAAUACUCCAUUAUCUGAGCCUUCUUCAGAUAUGGCAUCCAAAGCAAUUACAGGCCUUGGGAAGGAACGAACAGUAACCAAAUGGUCGAUUUGGGAUGUUGCAGCUGAUGGCAUAGCAGCAAGGAGUUGGUACACAAUAGGCUCCUUUAGCACCACAGCAAGUGCAUAAUGCACAAAUCUGGAAACUCCCUAGCUUCCUCCUGGUCUCAUUCAACAUUAGCACCAUUUCCUUUCCGGGCUCAAUUACCGGCACCAGUUCCUCCACCUCCUCAGCCAUCCCAUUUUUCACUGCCUCCACUGACUCAUUUGCCUGCGCAAUUCAUCAAACAAGUAUAAUGAACAAUAAGCAACUCUCCAAGUUUCAAUCUUUUUCAUCAAUGGAAGGAAAAGGGUAGCAAUAAAUUGAUUAAAUAAACACAAUCUGCACAAGAAAAGUUCUGGGAUCUAUGAAAUCUGAACAAAUGAAGCAGGAACUUGAACUUACAUAAGAGUGGUAUCUGGAGAAGCUCAGUAGCAGCAACAUGAAGGCAGGAAACAGAACCCUUUUAAGGAAAGAAGGCAUCUUUUUAGUAUCUUGUACCAAGAAAUGUAGAGUAACUACUAAUCCAAAGAUGUAGGCUUUGGAAAACAAAACCCAAAGUUGGAAGAUGGUGGAUGAACACUACUACUACUCCUACUAGUACUUCUAGUAGAGCUAAUGAUGAGUUGUAUUGCCAAUUUGCCACUACUCUAAGCUACACAACCGAUAGUGAUAAAACUACAACUGCAGUAAUGAGAUUGGUGGGAGGAUGAGGUUUAUGACGCAGGAGUUGGAUUGUUUGGAGAGGUCCCUGAUUUGGUGUGAUUGUCUCAUAAAGAAAGUGGUUUGGAGUGGAUAGGAAUGUGGGGGGGUUUUAAAUGAUGGCUGUCUGAACUGUCAAUAAGUGUUCAAAAUCCUAAUGGAGAAAAAUAAAAAAUCAACAAACACCCUUUUGAGUUGAUUGGAUGAAUCCUUUAGAUUUGGAGAAAUCCAAGUGUGAUUUAAGAAGAAGAGAAUGAGAGAAAAAAGAGAAGUUGGGGUUUUUGGUGUAAAAAUGAGAUGAGUGCAGUGCAGAAAAGCUGAACAAACUACAAAAUGACAAAUUUCCUUUUCCCUUUACUCAUCAAGGAGGAUGGAUGUGGAAGCGAUGAGUGGAAGUGUGAACUUCCUUUGUUAUAAUUGCUUUUAACUUUUUUUUUCAACAAAAAUAAAUUGAGGAAUUCUCCAAAAUUACAUACAUCAACCUAAAACUAAAAGGACAAACACUGCAAUGUCACGUGGUAGCGUGGUAACUUGAAUUUGUUCAUCUAUCAAGGUUGAAAUUUUGCUUCCCGUGUCAAUGGAGGAUGAUAUUUUUUUUGCCUCACUGGACAUAAAAUGUGAAUUAUUUUGUCCUUCCGGAGUUCAAACAUUAUUAAGUGACUCUUUUUUCUCUCAAAAAAAUAAUUAUCAUAUUUGGUUUAAGUAAAUAUAUAUAUAUAUAUAUUGAGACGGGAGGACUGAAUGAAUUUCACUUUUGAUUAAAUUUUGGAUUACUUUUUUCCAUGUAGAAAUGGAUUAAUGUGACAUAUUAUAUACAUGCAUGUUAAAAACCUACACUAAAAGAUUGUUUAAACCCAUCUUGUCCAUAAAAAGCACAUAUACGCAGUAGAAUUUUGUGAAUAUAUCUACUACAAUUAGUUUGUGUUGUGAAUGAAUGUCAUAUAAUUAACUGAAAAAACACAAUAGUGUAUGUGUAACUUGUAAGGGCUGAAUUUACUUUUCUUUUUAAUUUAUAUUUUCAUACAACUAAAUUACAUCUUUCAUGUGUCUAUAAAUCAUUGCACUAGACAAAAUUGCAAUCAAACUAGUAAGUCUCUUAUCAUAACCGCAAUCAAAAUUGUAAUAUGAAAAAGCAAAAAAGAAAGAAAAAGGAGGUGUCAAAUGUAAAAAUGGAAUUUAAAGUUUAUUUCGGGGAGAAGAAAAGUAAAAAAGAAAAAAAAAACCUGGAUGGGGCCCAGCUAUUAACACGUUAUAUGAAGGGUUCAAUCUGAUUUGACCGUUUCCCGGCAAGAGCGGCGAAUUCAUGAUGGCGAAGCAGAGAGGCAGCGGUGGUGUUGGUAGCCGCGUCGGCGGCGGCGCCGGAAGAAGAGAUUACGGCUCCCCUUCGCCGCUCACUCGAGCUGUUAACUCAGUUAUGGCUUUCGUUCGAUUUGCUGAGUUCGAAAUCCUCUUCGUGCUUUUCUUCGUCAUCGCUUAUAUCAUCUUCAAAGAUCUCACCUCAAGACCGGAAUAUAAUCAAAUCCUUGUAAAGAAACCUGGUGGACCUGAUUGGUGGCCUUACUAGCACGCGGCUCGAAAUGUAGAACUUGUCUGAAAUAUAUUACAGUCACCACUUCUUGUAUUUGUUACUAUCAAAGUCUUUGUAUGUCCUCGUCCGGUGAUGGGGAUUGGGGGCCUUUGUUGAACUUAACAACCUCAUCUUCGUGUGCAGAGUUGCAAGAAAGGUUCAAUGUGUUAACUGGUUAGCUACUUUUUUUUUUAACUAUUUUUUUUUUAAAAAAUAAAAAGAUUAAAAAAAAUGUACCAUAUCGCAUAUUCCUCCGUGCUAUAAUGAUUGUCCAUAUUUCUAUUCGUUUUAUAUCUUUUAAACGAUCCUGCUAACAGGAAGUUUUCUCAUUAUUUUUUUCAUAAACUUAUCUUUCUUUACCGUCUUUCUAUAUACCUUGUGUAAUGUUUCCUUAAAAGUUUGUUCGUAU